GGUGUACCCAAACUUUUAGUUCUAGUUAUAUUCUACCCAUUCUUACUAGAAUUACCCUAAAAUGCCUAUUGACUACUCAAAGUGGGACAAGAUCGAACUCUCUGAUGAUUCAGAUAUCGAAGUUCAUCCAAAUGUCGAUAAAACAUCAUUCAUCAAAUGGAAGCAAAGAGAUAUCCAUGAAAAGCGUCAACAAAGAAACAUUGAGAUCAAGUCGAUUUUAGUGCAAUUGACCAUGUAUGCAAAGUUGAAUACCAGAGUUGACUAUAUCUUAGAAGAUUUAAGUGAUGAAGAACUUUUAAACAAUGAGAAAAUCUUGUCAGCGAUCAACUCGAAAUUCGAUCCAAAGGAGAAGUUUAACUAUGAGAAAUUGAAGCAAGAAAAGGGAGAUGAACUCCGUAAAGGUCUUAAAGACUUACAAUUUGACCCAGAAGAGAUUGAAAACACCCCAUGUUACAACGAGAUGAUUGAGGAUUUAUUCAUUCAAAUUAAAGAAGAUCAUGAGGAUGCCAGCAAGGAUGGACAUGCUUUGAAGGGAUACAUUUUAGAGCAUAGAAAGAAGAUUGAUGAUGUUCUUUCCAAGCUGGCAAUCAAAUUGGAUGAUCUUUUGAAUCAAAAGGCUAAUCUUAUUAGUAGUGAUGAUAUCCAUACUGGAUUUGAUGUUAGUUUUAUGAACAAGGACACUCAACAAGAAGAGGAACAACGUCCUACUACUACCAAGGAAGUCACCACCACCACUGAAGUGAUUAAUAAGCCUGCUUCUUCCAGUACUUCGAAAUCAUCUCAACCAACGGAUGCAGAAAUCCUUAAUGAUUUAGAAAUCCAUCCACAAACUAAACUUUUCGCUCAAAUCCCACCUACAAAUAUUCAACAAAGUGCUGAAUUUUUAAUGAAAAAUACUAAAAUUUGUACUGAACAACAAAAGGAUGCACUCUUGAUGAGCGCCUUUGACCUUCAAUUAGCUGGGAACGUUGCAGCAACCAAGCAAAUCAUCCAUCAAUCCUUGCUUUUACAAUACAUUGCCCAAUUAGCUGGACCAAACCCAUCUUCUGAUCAAACCAUCAAGGCAAUUAAAUUGUUUUGUUCCAAGGUUUCUGAAAACUCUCCUGCCAAACAAGGGUUCAUGCAAGAUGUCGAAAAUACAUUCAAUCAUAUUAAAACUAGAUGUGAGAUCAUUUCUGCCGAACAUGCUAAGGAAAAUGAAGGAGAAGAAGAAGCAUUGAUUCAAUUGAAGGCAUUGGAUGACGAUACUGAGUUACUGGUAAAUAUUCCAGAGCCAGAUACUAAGGAAUAUGAAAUCUUUACCACUCAAAUACCAGUGGAAAUGCAAAAGGCUGUACAAACUGGAUCCUUGGACGAAGUGAAUAAGGUUUUCGCAGAAUUGAAGAUUGAAGAGGCUGAAAAUAUCCUCCAACUUUUUGACGAAUGUGGAGUUAUUGGCAUUAACGCUUACUUGGAAGAUGAAAAUGACUUCAAGCAGCUUCAAGAUCAAUAUAAUGAAAACAUGGCUAUUAACGAUGAGAAAGAAAAGAAACAUACCCAAGAGAUCGACACAGUUGAUAUUGUUGACUGAACAACUGUUUAGAGAUAUAUAAGACUAAUAAUAAGUACUAGUAAA